AAGACAAAGAACAGACAGUGCACUUAAAUUGUUAACGUGCUUUCUGUGACAAUUUUUUUUGGGUUAACAGCAACUAACGGUUAAUUGCUACUUUUACAAGCGGCAUACAAAAUCCAGUCUCUUUAAAAUUGCUUAAGAAAGCAUUUAUAAUUCUUUAUUUGAUAAUUUUGUGUUAAAUCGAAGCGAGAAACCGCGCGAAAGAAAAUGGGCAAGGAAAAGACUCAUAUUAAUAUCGUAGUCAUUGGCCAUGUCGAUUCGGGUAAAUCGACCACUACCGGUCAUUUGAUUUACAAGUGUGGCGGUAUCGACAAGCGUACAAUUGAGAAAUUCGAAAAGGAAGCCCAAGAAAUGGGUAAGGGUUCCUUCAAGUACGCUUGGGUCUUGGACAAACUAAAAGCCGAACGUGAACGUGGUAUUACCAUUGAUAUUGCUUUAUGGAAAUUCGAAACGGCUAAAUACUAUGUAACCAUUAUUGAUGCUCCCGGACAUCGUGAUUUCAUUAAGAACAUGAUUACCGGCACCUCGCAGGCUGAUUGUGCUGUUUUGAUUGUGGCUGCUGGUACUGGUGAAUUUGAAGCCGGUAUUUCGAAGAACGGUCAGACUCGUGAGCAUGCUCUUUUGGCCUUUACUUUGGGUGUCAAACAAUUGAUUGUCGGUGUCAAUAAGAUGGACUCCACGGAACCACCCUAUAGUGAAGCUCGCUAUGAGGAAAUCAAAAAGGAGGUAUCAUCAUACAUCAAGAAGAUUGGCUACAAUCCUGCUGGUGUUGCAUUUGUGCCUAUUUCCGGCUGGCAUGGUGAUAAUAUGUUGGAACCAUCCGACAAAAUGCCUUGGUUCAAAGGAUGGACUGUUGAGCGUAAAGAUGCUAAAGUUGAAGGCAAGACUUUAAUUGAUGCAUUGGAUGCUAUAAUGCCACCUUCACGUCCCACCGACAAGCCAUUGCGUUUGCCUUUGCAGGAUGUCUAUAAAAUUGGUGGUAUUGGCACAGUACCCGUGGGUCGUGUCGAGACUGGCAUUUUGAAACCAGGUAUGGUGGUAAACUUUGCUCCCGUCAACUUGGUAACUGAAGUCAAGUCGGUUGAAAUGCAUCACGAAGCAUUGUCGGAAGCAUUACCCGGUGAUAAUGUUGGUUUCAACGUUAAAAACGUUUCGGUUAAGGAAUUGCGUCGUGGUUAUGUUGCCGGUGAUACCAAAAAUUGCCCACCUAAGGGUGCAGCUGAUUUUACCGCUCAGGUAAUUGUCCUUAAUCAUCCUGGACAAAUUGCUAAUGGCUAUACGCCCGUCUUGGAUUGUCAUACUGCUCAUAUUGCUUGUAAAUUUGCCGAAAUCAAAGAGAAAUGUGAUCGUCGUACCGGCAAAACAACUGAAACUGAUCCAAAAGCUAUAAAAUCGGGCGAUGCAGCCAUUAUAAUGCUCGUGCCCACAAAACCAUUGUGUGUGGAGAGUUUCCAAGAAUUUCCACCACUGGGACGUUUUGCCGUACGUGAUAUGAGGCAAACUGUUGCUGUGGGUGUCAUUAAGUCGGUAACCUUUAAAGAGACGACUUCGGGUAAAGUCACAAAAGCCGCUGAGAAGGCCCAAAAGAAGAAAUAACUAGGGAGCAGCCAGAAGAAUACAAUACAAACACAACAAUUCGAAGGUCAACAACAGCAGAAACAGCAAAAACAACAGCAAUCAAAGAAUAUGUUGGCAAUUGAAAAUUCAUUUAUUAAGCAUAAAUAUAAAAGUAAUAAUAGUAAUAUACUAAAAAUUAUUAUCACAAUUAGAAAUUAUAAUAUUAAUAAUUAUAAUAACAAUAAUAAUAAUAACAUACAUGAACAUGAUACUCUAAUACAACAACCACAAAAACAACAGCAAAAUGAAGAAAAAUCACAAAAAACUAUUGAUGUAAAACCAAAGAAUAAAAUUAUUAUUAUUAUUAUCAAUAAUAAUGAAAACAACUCCUUUAAUACACCAUUAAAUAACAUACAUGAACAUCCAUUUAGAAGCAUAGAAAAGACAUCUUCAAUACUAAUUAAUCCUCCUCUAACAUUUAACAUUAACAACAACAACCAACAACAAAAAUUUUUAUCAUCAACAUCGUCAUCAUUCCUUAAGCCUUGUCCCAACACCAAAACAUUUUUACCAUUCUUCUCAUCAUCAUUGUCAUCAUCAUCAACAACAACUUCAUCAUUCUCAUCCAACAUCAUGGUUAAACGUGAAAAAUUUACAAAUUUGAAAAGCAUUUUAAAACAAUUUUUUAUGGAAUUUUUCCUAAUUUACUAUAAUUAUUUGUAUCAAAAUUUACACAGACAUCGUAAAUCAUUUCGCAGGAAAUCUGCCUCAUCAUCAUCAUCGUCGUCGUCAAUAACUCCAUCAACUACAUUCUUUAACAACAAGAUCAAUAAGGACGUUAUGCCAAUAUUUCAUUUGAAUUAUUGUAUUACUCCAGUAAUUAUUAUUAUACCCUUUAAAAUGUUAUAAUUAUGACAUUCAAAUAUUCAUUAUUGUCAUCAUCAUAAUCAUCAUUUCAUUAAAUGUCAUUAUCAUUAUAAUCCAUUUGAAAUAAUUAAGGUGUCAUAGCACUUGGUAUUGAUAAAAGUUUCACUCACAAUUAAUCAGAAUUGUGAAAUUUUCACUAUUAUAAAACUACACAUCUGACAAGUUCAGUUUGAUUCUAAACUUUUGUGGGAUUCUAAUGUUUUCAAAUUAACUGUCAUUUUUAUCAACCAUUUGCUCUGACACGUGUUAUCAUUACAACAUCAUUUACACUAAAAGCCGUGAUACGCGCUUGUCAGAUCUUACAACGUUGUCAGUAAAAUAUUUAGAAAAUGUCUAAUAAUCGUCUAAACUUAGAAUUUUUCUUUUGUAACGUUGUCCGAAAAAGCAUUACCGAAAAUAUUGCAAGACAAAAUUUGUAAGUUGACAGUAGUAUUAAACAUUUUUCUGUACAUUUUAUUGUCAACGUUGUAAGAUUUAACAAGAGUGUAUACAUCGCCUAACUUAUCCAAUCAUUCAUUUGUUUUUGUUUAUUACGUUUUUUUAACAUAAAUUGAUUUUAAAAAUCAAUUAAAAUUGUUUGUUAAUUUCAAUAUUAUGUAUUUUUAAGUUAAAUUUUUUUUAUUACAACCUGUAGUUUUAAUUGAGAUUUGAUCUGAACAAAAAACUAAAUGUUUCUUAAAGAAAAUUUCCCAUUUACGCAAGGAAAUAAAAUUAAAUGUGUGCAUUUUCCCUGUGGUUGAUUUAAUUAAAUCGAAAAAAAUAUUAUAAAAUACAAAAAAAAAAACAUAAAUCCUUCCAAUAAUUUUGGUUACUAUCAAACUACUAAUUUAUGUCAAACAUAAAAUAUCACCAAACAAAACUUUUAAUUUAACUCCACAUCAUACCAAAACAAAAAAUAAACUAACUUUCCAACACCUACAUAAUAUCAACAACAACAAUCUAUCACAGAAUCUUAAAGAUAUUAUAUAUUUAUAGAUUCUUAAAAUUUUAACACAAACACUUUAUAGUGUUUUGUUAAUUAACAUAUAAUGUUGGCAAAACGUUACAUAUAAUUACAUAAAAA